AUGCCUCCCGUCACAAUCACUAGCAUGCCACCCGUCGCCAUCACUAGCAUGCCACUUGUCACCACCACUAGCAUGCUAUCGGUUGCCAACACUAGUAGGCCACCCGUUUCCACCACUAGCAUGCCACCCAUUACCACCAUUAGUACUGGCAGGCCACCCGUCGCUAUCACUAGCAUGCCAACCGUCGCCAUCAAUAGCAUGCAACCAGUUACCAUCAAUAGCAUGCCACCCGUCACCAUCACUAGCAUGCCACCAGUCGCCAUCACUAGAAUGCCACUUGUCACCACCACAAGCAUGCCACUGGUUGCCAACACUAGUAGGCCACCUAUUGCCAACACUAGUAGGCCACCCGUUGCCGCCCCUAGUACUAGCAGGCCACCCGCUGCCACCACUAGCAUGCCACAUGUUACCACCACUAGUUGGCCAACCGUUGACACCACUAGUACUGACAAGCCACCUGUCGCCAUCACUAGCAUGCCACCAGUCACCAUCACUAGCAUGCUACCAGUCACCAUCACUAGCAUGCCACUCGUUACCAUCACUAGCAUGCCACCUGUCACCACCACUAGAAUGCCACUUGUCACCAACACUAGCAUGCCACUGGUUGCCACCACUAGUAGGCCAACCGUUUCCACCACUAGUACUAGGCCAAACGUUGCCACCACUAGCAUGCCACAUGUCAACAUCACUAGCUGGUCACCCAUCACCACCACUAGUACUGGCAGGUCACCCGUCAUCACCACUAGUACUGACAAGCCACCCGUCAUCACCAGUAGUACUUGCAGGCCACCCGUCAUCACCACUAGUACUGACAGGCCAACCGUCGCCAUCACUACAUUGCCAACCGUCACCACCACUAGCAGGCCACCUAUCAUCACCACUAGUACUGGCAGGCCACCCUUCAUCACCACUAGUACUGGCAGGCCACCCUUCAUCACCACUAGUACUGGCAUGCCACCUGUCGCCGUCACUGGCAUGCCAGCAGUCGCCAUCACUAGCAUGCCACCAAUCACCUUUUCUAGCGUGCCACUCGUUACCAUCACUAGCAUGCCACCCGUCGCCAUCACUAGCAUGCCAACCGUCGCCAUCAAUAGCAUGCCACCCGUCAUGCCACCGGUUGCCAACACUAGUAGGCCACCCGUUUCCACCACUAGCAUGCCACAUGACACCACCACUAGCAUGCCACUGGUUGCCACCACUAGUAGGCCAACCGUUUCCAUCACUAGUACUAGGCCAAGUGUUGCCACCACUAGCAUGCCACAUGUCACCACCACUAGCUGGCCACGCAUCACCACCACUAGUACUGGCAGGCCACCUGUCGCCAUCACUAGCAUGCCACCAGUUACCAUCACUAGCAUGCUACCAGUCACCAUCACUAACAUGCCACUCGUUACCAUCACUAGCAUGCCACCUUUCACCACCACUAGAAUGCCACUUGUCACCACCACUAGCCACCACUAG